CUCAGCUCUACCGGAGCUCCGGAGAGCUACGAGCUCGCACAGCGUGCGCCAGUCUAGGGCACCGCAUCGCGUCCAGAGCUUGGAAAAGGGCACAUCUAUGCGCACCGCCGCGCACGCGAGCGCUAUCGAGGAACUAUGCUCAUAGCAGCACUAUUGCUGCAAUUCUGCAGUGCCUCCUCGGUGCCGCCAAUCGUCCUGCACAACAAACAGAUAUUUCUGGGCAGCUAUGAUAUACUUGGGCCUUUUGUAUGUGGUAAAGAUGAGGUCGAGGGCUCUCCAUUCGACAACGCGACCGCGCUCGCCGCAGCAGCACCGCACCUAUCACACCCUCUGCCCUCGGAACUCGCGAACGGAGGAGUAAUCAACGAGUGGCAGACGGUGCGGAAAGGCACCGACGGCUCCGCGCGCGUAUCAUUUGACGCCAUCGAUUGGAACGCACUCUAUCGAGCAGGCGGACAAGAGAUCCUGGAGUGGCAAGCGCUGGUCGUCGCGCGCUUCGAGACGAGAGCGCCAGGAGCCAUCCGCUGUCGAUGCGAAGGGGUCGCCGCGUAUAGAGUCGACGGCGCGUUAGCGGCCGGCGACAUCUACGGGAGAUAUAUCCCGAGCCUCGCAUCGACUCACGAGCUCGAUGCGGGAGUCCACGAGAUCAGGAUGCGUCUACGAGCGAAACACGUCGGCUCGGUCAGGUGUUCCGUCUGGAGGAGCUCCAAAGCGUAUGCGCGCUCUCUUGCCGUGCCGGACUGGGUGGUCGGCGACGCCUCGCCGUUUGGCGGCCUGCUCUCUGUCGAGGUCUGGCGGCCGGCCUGGAUGCGACGCGUAACGCUGGCCUCCGACGGCACGUUUGCCAUCACAGCCCUCGACGACGACACAUCAAUACCGCCGGCGACGGUGACGGCUCUCCGCGCGAGCCUGUCGCAGCGCAGCGAUAGAAAAUGCGCCGCCGCCGGCGAGCAAAUAUCCGUUCCGAUCACCGUCGAAGCGGACGGCGAACGCAUCGCCACCGCGGACGUGUCGAUCGAGUGCCGGGCCCCCACGUCGAGCGCGCUGAUGGCAUUCCUCGACGGCGAUGGCUCGGUGCAGACCGCCGCGGUCGUGAGGCCGCCGGCGUCUUGCGGCCCAGAUGCUCCGUUCCGCGUCCUGGUUGCUCUUCACGGAACGGGCGUCUCCGCGAGGUCGUCGGCGGACAGCUACAAAUUCAAGCCGCGCGGAUCGAGCGACGACGUUGACUACACGUUUGGCGUUCCCGGAGCUUGUGCGUUUUUGUUAGCGCCAUCGCGCCACGGUGCCCACAACUGGGAGGGCGUCGGCCUGCGGCACGCGCUCAAGGCCCUCGACGCGCUGACGGCGUGGCGGGGCGCGGGGCUGCCGCAAAUCGUCGUCGCCGGGCACUCGAUGGGUGGCCACGGCGCCGGUUUGCUCGCAGCGGCGCUCGGCUCAGGAGCCAAAGGCGUCGCCAUCAACGCGGGCUGGCCGCGGAAGGAGGUCUACGGCGACUCGAACACGCGCUACCUCCACGACCAGGGGGCCCACUUGAUCGAGCCGGCGCUCCGCGGCGUCCUGGACGCGACGCUGGCCGGCUCCGCUGUGGACGCCGUCGCGUCGAAUCUGUGCUGCAUGAGGAGUCUGCUGCGGGUUGGGGCGGUCGACGAGGCAGUGCCACCGUAUCACGUGGGCCGCAUCGCGCGUCUUCUGGAGGGAUGUUCGUCGGAGUACGAGGAGGUCCCGUCGAAGGGCCACUGGUGGUGGGACACGGCGGUGGCGAACGACGGCGGCACGGUCAAUGACGAGAGGCUACGAAAGUUCUUUGCGGAGGCGUUUUCGUCCCAGGACGACUGUCCGAUCGGCUAUGAACACGUCACGACAAACGUCGAUGCCGUCCUCGGGUCGUGUGGCUUCCGCGUCGAGCAGCAGGUCGUGCCCUUCCGAACGUCGCGAGUAGCUCUCAUUGCCGACAGAAGCUUGAGGACGCAGAACGUCCGACGCCUCGCGGUCGAGGCUGGUCAUUUUGAUACUGUUGACGGCGACGCCAUCGCCGAUACGACGACGAGGAUCUGCCGUUCUUCCGACGCGGCGUGGGUCCCGUGCGAGGCUACUGGACGUGGGCCCGGGAGCUCCGGUCCGAUGCGGCAGGUCGUCGAGUCCGCGUUUCGCGUUGUAUAUGAGCCGGGGGCGCUCGGGCUAGCCACGUACCUGGCAAAUCAGUUCCACCUCACGGGGCACGCGCGCGCGCCUAUUUCUGGCGAAGAAUUCUCCUGGGACGCGGCACGGGACAAAGGCGAGAACCUCGUUCUCGUCGGAGGUGAUUCAGAUGCCGCGCAACGCGCGCUCAACGAGACGGCCGCACCGCUUGGCUUGCGUCAGGACGGCAUGUCUGUGGGCGACUGCUAUUUCUCAGGGGACCUCGGCGUCGCGUCGCUCUUGCCGCUGCGCGACGGCCGGUUGGCAUUGCUCCUCGCGGCGACGAGCGACGAGGCCCUCGACACGACAAUCGAGCUCCUUGCGACGCCCACAAUCCCGCCGAUGGCGCGGCAGCCGUUCAGCAACGCGCUGCCCGACGUCGUCGUCCUCGACGCGCGACAGGCCCGGCGCUUCGGACCGGGGGGCUUUCGCCUCGCGGGCUUCUGGGACCACGACUGGUCCUUCGCUCAUCAAGCGUCGUACGCCGAGGAGUGCCGCCGCGUGGCGGAGGAGUGUGCGGCGGGCCUAGGCAGCACCGGUGGCGACACCCAGAUGUGUCAUUCUUAACUCAGUUGUGUGUA